CAGACAGAAUGGAAUGCCCCCUCAGCAAGUACAACAACAACAACAACAGCAACAACAGCCUAGACAGCCACUCAACAAAGAAAUGGGAAAUUUACCUCCACGGUUUAGGAAACACAUGGGACAACAAGGCCAACCAUUUCAGCAAUCUCCAGCCCAACCCUCCAACAAUGAUGAAAAUAUCAGCCUAAGACCAAACAAGAAUUUCCAAAUGUUUAAGCCAUGUUCUCCGAAUACUCUCCCAAAAUCUGCACAGACUCCGAUUCCGCCUCCCUCACAUUUGAAUUCCACCGCUGCUCCCCCGAAACCUGAACUGAAUCCCCUACUACAGAAACAGCCUCAAAUUACAAUCAAGAAAGAGAAAAAAGCUCCUGAGAAGAGGAACGAGGAGAAGAAAAAUGAAAAGAAGCCAGCCCCCACCAAGGAAGAACUUGAUAAAGUCAGGGAUAAUGUCCUGUCUGAAUACCUCAAAACGGAAGAUACAAUGGAAGCCAUGACAUCAGUUAAAGAAAUGAGACCCCCGCGGAAAUAUCUCACCCCAAUGGUGUGUCACAUGAUGAUGAUGGCCCUGGAGAAAUCAGACAAGGAUCGGGAAAAUAUUAGUCAUCUGAUAUCAGCAUUUAAGAAUGAAGGAAUUAUCACAGCAGAACAGUUCACCGAGGCUUUUGAGACAAUUCUGUCUAAGAUGUCUGAUCUUGAGGCUGAUGUCCCACUCAUCAAAUCCUAUGUGUCCAAAUAUGCCGGCAGAGCAGUUAUCGACGAAAUCAUCUCAUUGGUCGAACUCUCUGAACCAAUGAAACAGGGUGCUCAUUACCCACUGUUCAUGCUAUGUCUGCAACAUCUUCUCAAAUUGGCAAACAAGGAGUGGUUACAGAAAACGUUCAACGAGAGUAAAAUUAACUUGGAAGAUAUGCUGCCUGAAUCUGAUAGAAACCGUGAGCGAAUGAUGGAGAUCCUCGAAGAUCGUGGUCUCAGCUUCCUUUACCCUCUUUUGCGUGUACAGUCCAGCAUGUGGCGCACAUUUCAACGUGACCCCAACGCAACAGCUGUCUAUAAAUGGAUCAAAGAGAACGUGGACAUUGAGCUGUACAAGGUUCCUGGAUUCAUUAACGCACUGGUGACGAGUAUCUUGCGCUAUGUGACAUCAGAGACCACUCUGGGUAAUGGAGUUGAUCCAAAGGUGGUGCCGGAAAAAGCUUUACUCGAGAAAGAACACAUGAUAUUCGAUAAAUACAAGGGAGUGCUCCAGAAGUUCUUACAUGAUGAAAGUGAUCUCCAAAUGUGCACGCUUUACACUCUUCAGGUGUUCUGCCACACCAACCAUUUCCCUAAAGGCAUGUUGUUGAGAUUUUUCAUGCAACUCUAUGAUCUGGAACUAGUUGAUGAGGAAGUGUUUCUCAGAUGGAAGGAGGAAGUCAAUGAUGACUACCCUGGAAAAGGAAAGGCAUUAUUUCAGGUGAACCAAUGGUUGACCUGGCUGGAUGAGGCAGAAGAGGAAAGUGACGAGGAAGAUCAGGAAUAGUUGGCAUAGCAACUGAAUAGUUGGCAUAGCAACCCAAAAAAAUAAUCCCAAAAUGUGUGGUCUUGUUUGUAUGUUGUGUUAUGUUCAUGGUAAUUGCAAAGUGGAAGAAACAUUAGGAAUGAUGGAUACUUCAGUCAAUAUAGUCGAGAAUAGUUAAAAUGUAAGAUAUGGAUUUUACGCAAAAAACACUUGUGAGAAACAGUAAAAACUGAUGAAAAAGACAAAUCAAUUUUAGAAUGGACUUUUAGAGAAUGCAUGAAACGUGGAAAUAUAUA